UGUGAAUUUGGAAUGUUAAUCAAUGCAGGACCAUAAACCCCAAUAUAAAUGCGAAGCAGAAGAUCAGUCGAUCAGAACAGGGUAGAUCCAACGGUCUUAAAUCAUCCACGUGUUCUAGAUCUCCGCCAUAGCCUAGUCUCAACACAAUAAGCCCCGAAUCCCCCACCCCCUCUCUUGAGUCCUCUCUCUCUUUCUCUUUUCAUCUUCUUCUCAACUGGGUCGGGUCUUGUCUGGUUUGCUCCGUCAAAAUGCUGGCUCGGCUCGCUGCCAAUCGCCUCCAUGAGAUCCGUCAGAUUUUCCGUCAGCCAUCGCGAUCCUUCUCUACUGCCCUAAAUUAUCAUAUUGACUCCCCAGACAACAAACCUGACCUACCAUGGGAGUUCAGUGCUGCAAACAAAGAGAAGGCUAAGGAGAUAAUCUCACACUAUCCGUCCAACUACAAGCAAUCCGCUGUUAUUCCCUUGCUAGAUCUUGCACAGCAACAGCAUGGAGGAUGGUUACCCGUUUCAGCAAUGGAUGCAGUAGCUAAGGUUAUAGAAGUUGCUCCUAUCCGUGUAUAUGAAGUUGCUACAUUUUAUUCUAUGUUUAAUCGUGCAAAGGUGGGUAAGUACCAUCUUUUGGUCUGUGGCACAACACCAUGCAUGAUCCGUGGUUCACGAGAUAUUGAAGAUGCCUUACUGAAGCAUUUAGGAGUGAAGCGGAAUGAAGUAACUAAGGAUGGAUUAUUUUCUGUUGGAGAAAUGGAAUGCAUGGGUUGCUGUGUAAAUGCUCCCAUGAUCACUGUGGCAGACUACUCCAAUGGAUCUGAAGGAUAUACUUAUAACUAUUUUGAAGAUGUUACUCCAAAGAAAGUUGUAGAGAUAGUUGAAAAGUUGAGAAAGGGCGAGAAGCCACCGCAUGGCACUCAAAAUCCAGGACGAACUAAAUGUGGACCAGAAGGAGGAAACACAACUUUGUUAAGUGAGCCCAAACCUCCUCCAUGCCGAGACCUCGAUGCCUGUUAAAUUUAUAGCACAUGGUGUCAUCAAUAAACAUAAAGCUUGGGACAUUUUCAGGCUUUCUUUCUGUUGUCCGUCAGUAUUGUUAAAUUUUCUCUGCUGAUCAGCAAUUGUUUUGUAUUUCGAUAACCCCUGUAUGGUUUCUGGUGGUCGGAUAUGCCACACAAUUCCAUUUUUGAAUCAAGCUAUGAACUUUAUAUUGAUACCAUAUUGGUGAGACCUCCACAUAAAGAAUGUUUUCAUGGUCAUCUUGUAAGAUCGCUACAUAAAGUCUUUAUAAACUAUUUCCCAUUGCUGAGAACGA